AUGGCGAAGCAAGUGGGAUCAAGGGAGGCCAUAAACCCGGUCUUACAGACAGGUAUUUCCAGAUGUGUAAAACGCAGCUACAAAAGAGCAUAUGCAAGGUCCUGCCGGGAAGGUGGAGCUUUCUAUCGAGGCACUUGGCGAUCGCAUCAAUGGUUCCAGCCGACGUCUUUUCGCACACAAUCUCUGCCCAGGCUACAACCCAGGCAGCCCAAGGGACGCUCCCUGAGCACGCUCACCUGGAAUGCAGGAGGCCUACAUGCAUCAAUCUUCCGCGAACUCACCACUUACCUUGAAGACGAGGGCAUUGAUGUCUGUAUGGUGCAGGAGACUCAUUGGAACUACGAUGCCAAUUGGAGCACCCCGAAUUUUCACUUUGUGCAUUCCUCAGGACAAAACAAGGAAGACAAACACGGAGGCGUCCUGACUAUCGUCUCAACCAAGGUGGCGACCACCUUAGAACUGCAGUACCAUGUGCUUUGGCCGGGCCGACUACUACACGUGAGAGUGAACAAACCUCAGCCAAUUGACAUCCUGAAUGCAUAUCAGUACACAGCCAAUGACAACCCACUCACCCCAGCACGCAGGCACAAGUAUCUACUCCGGCUUCGACACGCCCUCAGUGGUAUUCCCAAUCGCCACAUUCUGGUUCUGGCUGGGGACCUCAACACGACAUGUGUAACUACCACCAAGGUCUGUGGCAAGUGGGUACUUCCAGCCAGCGACGCACACAACAAGGACAACAAUGAUUUCAUGUCCAUCCUUAUCUCCUACCACCUCACAGCUUUGAAUACCUGGAACAGGCCGACACAUCAUCAACUGGCCACUUUCACGUUCGGCACGCUCGCGUCUCAGAUUGAUUACAUCAUCUGUAGACAGGCAGACGCCAACAACCAGGCCAAACAGGCAGCAGUCGUGCAGCACUUCCCGGUCGCAAGCUGGAGAGAAGGAGCAAACCAUCAUCCUGUACGGGCCCACAUCAGAAUACCACAUCACACCAGCUCAGCUCCACCAAUUCACAAGCCACCAAGGAUUGACGUCAAUCGCAUUAUCGAGGACCUCAAGGAAACCGAACCCCCGCAGGCUCUGCUCACACUCAGAGAUUGUGUCGACCAAGGCAUUCAAACAGAGCAAUGGAGUACCCUUCCACAACUAGAAGCUGGUCUGCUCAAGGCCGCCCAGGAGCUCUACCCCAAGCGCGCCCACAAUGAUACGCACAAGGAGGCGGACUUGCAAUUAUCCCAUUGCGCUCGUCGCAUGUGGGCUAUCUUCCGUGAGAUGCGGUCACACCCCUUCAACAUGCACGGCGUCUUCCAAUCUUGGAGGCAAUGGGCUCAGUUCUCCAAAGCACACAAAGAACACAAAAGUCGUGCCAAAGAACGUAGCAAAGCAUGGAGACGUGACCUUAUUUUGAAGGCCCAGCAAGCAGCCGAGAACCACAACAUGUUCCAGAUCUGGGAGGUGGUCAAAAGUCUAGCACCAAAGUCCAAACGUAAGAAGCUCCAACUGUACAGGAAUGGACACAUGAUGACCCCAGAAGCUGAACUAGACUGGAUCAUCGAGGAGUUCGGCAACCGGUAUGGAGCGCGCGCCCCAACCACUUUACCUCACAUCAGACAACAGGCACCAGUACUGAUUGGACCUGCAGAGGUAUGGCAUCAACUUGAACAUCUACCGGUACGCAAGGCGGUCCCCGCUCAUAUGGCUCCCUCCAUACUUUGGAAAGCCUGCUCUACAGAAGUCUCGCUCUUCAUUUCUCAGCAGGUCUGUCAACAAUGGAGUUCUCCAGUACUGCACGUACAACAAGAAUGGGCCGACGCCACAGUUGCUCUCCUGCCAAAGCCCACGGGAAAGAAUGAUACACCCCUCAGCUGGAGGCCAAUUGGACUGCAACAUCCGGUGGGGAAAAGCAUCAUGAAGAUCAUCAUAGCACAGGCAAAAGACCAAAUCCAUGCCUUAGUCAGGAAGUGGCCGCAGUGUGCUUAUGUACCCAACAGGAGCACCACCACGGCUCUCAAAAGGGUCUUCAAGCACUGCGCCACGGUCCGAGCCGCAUGCAAUCAGAAUCGUCUGAACCUCCACCAACUCAAGGCCGGAGCACAGCCCAUCCGGAACUAUGGAGGCCUCCAGAUAAGUAUGGAUCUUUCAGCAGCGUUUGAUCUUGUGUCUUGGACUACUAUCAAGGAGGCGUUGGAGAUGGCACAGAUCGACCCCAGCAUACAAGAAAUUCUCCUCCAGUGGCUCAGCCAGGUUCGCUACACUUUUCAGCACAAAGGCAUGGAGAAAGACAUCUGGCCCUCCUGGGGAUUGAGGCAAGGAUGCAUCGCGAGUCCUGUCCUGUGGGCAGCUUUUACAGCUUUACUCAGUCAAGCAAUAGACAAACGCAUAGAGGAAAAGUGGAGCUCGGACCACUCCACGAUGUACGCCGACGACACUCACCUACAAUGGACUUUUCACAGUGUUCAAGGAUUCGAACAAGCUGUCCAUGAAUUGAACAAAGUGAUUGCUGUCUUCAGGAGGUUGGGAAUGAAGGUGAACACGAACAAGACCAAGGCCAUACUUCGCCUCACUGGCAACAUGAAGCACCACAUCCGAAAACAUUACAUUCGCUCUCAUGGACAAGAGCGUAGAUUGCUUCUUUCCCCAGGUGAUCCUUCGGGAUGGAUUCAACUGGUGGACCAGGCGGAGUACUUAGGACUGAUAAUUUCUUACGACAACUUUGAGCUGAAAUCUGUCAAGCACAGAAUCAAUAAGGCCCAUAACCGUCGGUGGUCCUUGGCAUCGGUUCUACACACCAAGAAGGUCUCGAUCCACUACAAGCUCAACCUCUGGCGUAGCUGCGUGCUAUCUACUAUGCUAUAUGCUCUUCACAGUCUGUGUCUUGGUGCAGGCCAAAUCUGCUUGCUUCAACGGGCCAUCAUGCGACACAUCAGGGCCAUUAUCUCGGACCAGGCCUUUCUUACAGGACACACACAUGAGGACAUUAUGGCAAAGUAUCAUAUCCAAACCGCGCAGGAACUUCUUGAACGGGCACAUGACCGCGAUCAACUCAAUGCAGACUCGAGCGACUGGCUAGUUGACUCGGAGUGGAAUCACUCUAUUUCCAAGGCCCUGCUCGAAGCGGCCCAGAACAAGGAGCCAGAGUCAGACACUGAGAAGGCCAUUUGGGCUUGCCCACUAUGUUCAGAGCAAUUCGUUACACAGGCAGCUCUGAAAAUCCAUGCCAGACGUACGCACAAAAUUGUGGCGCAACGAAAGAACAUCUUCAAUCGCCUGACACACUCCAUUGGCGGACUUCCACAGUGUGCUGGUUGCCUCAAGCGCUUCAGCAAAUGGCAAUCGCUUGAAACACAUAUAAAUACUGAUGCUUGCACGGCUCAGGCCACACAAGACACAGGCACUACCAGGGAUCCACCAGAUCCCGAUGAUGCUUCAGACCUGCGAGCCUCACAGUCAGCUCCCGAGAUCACGUCCACUCCGAGAAAAGAGGACAAUAACAUGCAAGCCGAGGCAAUGGAGCAGACAGCGGGCGUCCUGUGCUCUGAGACCAUGAUUGCACCAUCGCUUGAGGGCUUGCAGCAGAACACUGGACAGCAGACAAUCGACUCCGAGAUCCAGCAUAAGCAGAGUAUUGCUGAGAAUAAUGGUGUUACACCAACACUGUUGUCCGAUACAUCUUCACAACCGACAUUCUCUGCUGAGAAACAGACUACCACAGCAUCUGCAGCAAAUAUACCUGUGCUUUUUCAGGAACGUGUGCAUCUUGUUGUGCAGCGUGGACUGAAUGCCUUCAUUGCUGAAUCAAGCCUCACAGCCUCCAUGCAGCAGUCCUGUGCUCUAUGCGGACAAUGGAUAGCAUCGCAGAAGGUGGUCAAGACACACUACCAACAUACACACAAAUUCCUUUAUCAACAACUUGCGCACAAAGCACUCAAGCUCAUCGAGCAGAAAGCCACUCCGAACAUGGCCUACGGGGACCCGGACUGGGACGAAUUCUUUGGCGAAGUCCAGGGGGACGACCUGCCAACGAUGAAUGCCUCUCCAUGGAACCAGCAGCCAAUGGACAACCCCUUUGCGUUCACGGGCAACAAACGAAGGAGGGAUCCUUUUGGCGAACAACGACCGGUACCACAACAGAACAUGAGACGGCACCCGUUCCAGGCCCCACCUCCGCGACAGCCAAACAGAGACCCAUUGCUCUAUACUUUAGCAAAAACGGUCUUACAGCAGCAGGAGGAGCUGAAGGUUCUCAAGCAGGACACAGCCAUGGUACUAUUUCUACGUCCAGGGGAGGACAGCGUGCUUCACCAUCUUUACAAGGUAGCGGCACACUUCAAGGCCAAACAGGACCAGGAUGCCACGUGGCAGCUAGGACAGAACCCCCUUCGUAUGGUCUUAGCACUGGCACUCUUCAAGGAAGUCACGGACCGCCUGAACCAGACCAUAGCUUCGCAGGAAAAGCUGAAGAGGGCAGUGGACCAAGGAUGGAGAGACCCCCAAGCGGGUUGGAGAUAUCAAGUCUGGAACCACAAAACCAGACAACUCCAGGUCGACAGCAGUCGACCCCCAAUUCCGGAGGACAAGCUCCUCGACCACUUUGCCACCAUCCUCCAGUGCCUUCGACAUCCUGUCGUCAACAGAUUCCGCUGCAUAAGACGAUUAGCGGAAACGAUGUCCAGCCCAGCUACCUUCAAAUUAGACAUGUCAGUUCGAAGUCACAGUGCUCUGACAAUGUGGGAUACUUUGAAGAUGUUGCAGGGAAAUGCAGUUUUCCAACUCGCUGGAAUGGCCUACAAGACAGAAAGUCUGGCCAGAGGGCCAAUGGAGCAGAAGAUUGCGGAGAUGAUCUAUGGCAGGAGGUAA